AUGUCGCUGUCUGAUUACUCCGAUUUAACCGACUUGUCUUCGGAAGAAGAAGAGUACGUCCCGAACAAACGCAAGAAGUCGACAACGACCACCAAGAAGACGGAUUACAAAAUGGAUCAGACCCUUCAACCGCCACGUACCACCCAGUACACUGCUAAGCAUCUGUAUGACCAGAUCAUCGACAGUGCGAUAGACCUAGAUCCAGAGUAUCAGCGAGACGUGGUAUGGCCCGAGUCCAAGCAAUGUGGUCUCAUAGACUCCAUCCUCCGCAAUUAUUACAUUCCACCCGUAAUCUUUGGUAGGGCCCGUUUCUAUGCGCUGAAUUGUGCUCACUCCACCGUUUUGUCUAGCCGUGUCUUACAAUGA